UCUCAGCUCUUAUUAGCUUUUGCGUUACGAGGACUGAAUUUCUGUGUUUGGUGAUGAUGGUUUUCAUGCACAGCAUUAUUUUCUUCAACACGGAGGAAAGGGGCAGAUUGCAAUGACCCAUCAAGCAGUCUUGGCCACAGUUACAGCUCAGGCACAUAUGCAACUUCAAGCAGCGUAUCCUCCUUCAUCAGAAGCAUUAGUUAGUCCUUCACACUCUGCAUCUGUCGACCCUGAACCAUUGCAACAGAAGCCUCCAUCUGUACCUGAGAACGACGUCUCUACCCCGGAGACGGUGCGACCUCCUCCAUCUGAACAAAAGUCUCAAUCUACUCAAAUCAAGACAAGUUCUUAUGAUGGAUACAACUGGCGGAAGUAUGGUCAGAAGCAGGUUAAAGGUGGUGAUAGAUCACGCAGCUACUACAGAUGCACAAACAUAAAUUGUUCUGCUAAGAAGAAGGUCGAGCGUUGUCCAGAUGGUCAAGAAACAGAAAUAAUUUACAGAGGUGAGCACAACCAUGACCCACCUCAAAAGAUGAAAUCCAUGGAAGAGAAAGGGGUUCAGUCUGUUGGGCCUUCUGGAGAGAAUGAAACCUUAGAUCUUCCAAGCAGUCAAGUUUAUGAAUCGGAACCUUUGACAUCAAAGGCAGACCAUAAUUCUGGUAACGGUACCCCUGAACGGCAAUUGUUUUGUUCUAGUGAUUGUGAAGGGGAUGCUGCAGUUAAUACCGAGGAGGAAAAUGCCAAUGAACCAUAUCCAAAAAGAAGGCUCAUUGAGACACAAAGCAUUGUGCCUUACUCAGCACCAGUCCUUAAAAUGAUAAAGGAACCAAAGAUUGUUGUGCAUAGUGCAUUUGAUGCAGCACAUAUAGGUGAUGGAUAUAGGUGGCGCAAGUACGGACAGAAAAUUGUCAAGGGAAAUCCUAAUCCCAGGAGCUACUACAGGUGCACUCACAGUGGAUGUCCUGUUCGAAAACACGUUGAACGAGCUUCAGAUGAUGCCAAAGCUGUUGUAAUAACCUAUGAGGGAAAUCACAACCAUGACCAGCCUCCCAUCAAAUGUGGCAGUGACCAAAGAAACCCCGCUGCCACAUCGGUAACCAAGGAUGUGCAAUCACGUACUUCUGACUCUUCAGUUGAUAAUAAACCCCCAACCGAAACCAAUAAAGAAUUCUCUGGUGAUAAAGCUUCAGAACUAGGAGAAGAGAAAGCACUGGAUUCAGCACAAACGCUUCUAAGCAUUGGAUGCAACUCAACCUCUGGAGAGAAAGCCAGUGGAACCAAUUCUGACGGCGUAAACCGAUCUCUCUUUAGUGAAAAUUGUUCUGCAGUUCCUGUCCAAAACUCGUAGAAUCAACAGGUUUGUUUUAAGUUAGAGGUUGUAUAUGCUCAUGUAUAGUGUUUGACCUGAGCUCUGUUGGUAGCGUCCCCUUAUUCAAACUUAACGAACUCUUUUUAUUUUUUUUCCUUCAUCUUUGUGUCAUCCAAAGUUGAGGCAGGUGGAAAAAUAGGUGUAAUGGAAAUUGUAUAUUUGCUGAGACCUCCAGAAGCCUGCUGGAUUAGAGAAUACCAAAGAAUCAAGGGGCUGAAUAUUAGUGAUUUCAUGUUGAGGAGGGGUAUAACUUGCAUUAUAAUUGGAAAUGAAGUGCAUAGAAGAAUUGAUUGGGAUA